ACGACACUCGUUGCCUAUAAAUUCCAUGGCCUUGCGACGCUCGAAAUCUCGAGAUGGACGAGGAAUGCCUUAUAUUAGCGCUCCACAGCCAAUCAACACAUCUGCAGAUACACUCGACACUCUUAACACUACUCGUAUAGUACCAUUGCCACGAAAAAAGUCCUCCAAUUCAAUCCUAAAACGCACUGCCAGCUGGACAACCGACCGCAAGAAAGAACGAGUAGAAAGAUCUAGUCCUUUAGUACGAAGUGAAACCGUUUCUGUAACCUCCAGCCCAAGAUCAAUGCAAGACAUGGCCGCUGCAAUUCCUCCAACUCCCCCUUUCGCAGGGACGACCGGCCAACGUCAAGUUGACUUGGCUAAGUUUGGCGACCCCAACUUCAACCCAGAGUCAUGUAAAGUAUAUGGAUUGACUGUGCUUAAUCUGUCUGUACUGCCGUACUAAUUUGCUCUGUGAUACGUAGAUAUGCGAGCUUCAGUAGCGGAUGUGAAUGAAGAGCAGCUGAGAGCUUUCUAUAGAUCAUUGAAUGAUGCAAAGACUCUGGUUGGUAGUGACUUGCAGCGCAAUGUCUAUCGUAACUACACCGAGUUUGUGGUCAUAUCCAAAGAGAUUUCAAAUUUGGAUGGUGACAUGCUGCUACUUCGCGACUUCCUUAACGAACUCCGCGUUAUCAAUACCAGCUUCAAGGACGAAGUGGAUCCUAUGGCAGGCAUCAUUAAUGAUCCUGCACCUAUCGCCGAAUCAAUCACACAACGUCGAAAGCCCAGUGAAAUGGCUACUGCCGAUAUGCAGACCAUUUACAGAGCACAGCUGGCCUCACUGUGGGAGAGUAUCGAAGGAUCUCAGAGGUUAUUACCGUUUGCUCCUGAUCGUCACAUUGUUAGAGACUUUUCCAACUUUGUUGAACUCCAUCCCAAAACCUUACAAGCCCGACAAGCAACCCAACUCGUAUUGCUGAACGAUUGUAUUUUAGUGGCUUCUAAGAAAAAACGCACCAUGUCAUCCAAAGUUAAGCUUGUGGCAGAUCGCUGCUGGGAGUUGGACAAAAUACUGGUGGCUGACGUCAAAAAUACUUCUGAUUUAACGAACGCACUGAAAAUUGUCCAUUAUAAUGACGAAUAUCUUUUCCGAUGCGAGCGUCCAGAGGAUAAAAUGUCGCUGUUAGUCACUAUUAAACGAGUCACUGACGAAUUAUUGGAAAGUUCCAAGCAGAAUGAUGCCGAUGCCAAAUUGUCUGUCAACGAACCACUCCUACAAAUGCAAUCACAAGUGGAGGCAAGAAGCAAGAAAAGCCGCAAUGAUCGAGACCCUACCAAGCAGAUGCCACAGCUCGCCUCCAGCGACGUUAAGUGGCUUUCUGAGCUUCCAGAUGAAUUGGAGGUUUUCAUAGCCAUUCGUGAGUUUGAAGAUGCUGUAGCAUAUAUCGAAAAGGCCCGUGCCAUACUUUCAAGUUUCUCAUCAGAUCCUGGAAAGCUUGAUGGUGUAAAGGAGGAAAUUGACACAUACGUUGACAAGCUCAGUAAAGCUAUCGGGCGGGAUUUAAGCAACUCUUUAUUGACCAAAGUCCAAUUCCAACGUAACGUCAACUGGCUCCUUCGCCUUGGGCUUGGAGAAACGGGUCGGGAGAUGUUCCUAGCAACCCGAAGCGGAGUCAUUAAACGGAGAAUAAGACAAUUGACUUUCGAGGGUGAUGUUACCACCUACAUCAAUGAACUCUCCUUGGUAGUUUUUACCCUGGUACGAAAUACCUGCGAGUGGUACAGGGACUCGUUCAAGGAUAACCGAAUGGCGUCAGGUUUUAUUACUUGGGUAAAGGAGCAAAUUACCAUCUACGCCCAGAUAUUCAACAAACAAGUGUUUGGUCAAAAUUCUCUUAAUCUUCGAGUCAUUUCCGAUUGUCUGAGGUCAACUGCAGAACAAUGCUCGCUGUUGCGGAAAGUUGGCCUCGACCUAAAAUUCAUGUUGGACGAUAUAUUUGCCGAGGAGAUUAAGAAAUUGAUUAUAGCCUAUGAAGAGCGAGCCAUUGGAAGACUUGACAAAAUUAUCAAGGAGGACAAGUUUUUGGUUGUAUCCAGCCAGAGUCUAGGUACUUACUCACCUUCAUAUGAAAGUCCUCACAUUCUAUGCUGAGACCCAAAAAUCUUUUUCCAAACUUGCGUUUUAGGUACCGACGUCAAAGUGACAGCCAGUGUCGUUAGUUUUUACAAUAUUUUGAUCAAGUUUGUAAACGAAGCCUGCCUACUGGUCAAGCUUCCUUUAUACUCUACGUUGAUACAAAGUAUCAGCAAUAUCACAGAACAGUACCUCCGACGAAUGAUAAAGGAGUCUCAAGCCAGGGAAAUGGCAAAGGAUCAGCGCUAUGCAGCAAUGAUGAAUGUCGCUUUUGUU